UUUACCAAAAUCAUCGAAUCUAUUUUUAGGGUUUUGUUUUUUCUCUCUAGAAUUUUUAUUGUUUAUCUUCUUCGUGAGAUACUCCUUCGAAUCGUAUCUCUGUGAUAUAUAUAAAUAAUUCUUGAGCAUUUCUGAUUCGUAUCUGGGAAUCUUUGAAAUUGGGUUCGAUUCUUCAAACAAAAGCCGCAUCCAAUGAAUCAGAAUCUUGAAGUUCUAUCCAUGGAUUCACUACCAGUGGGAUUAAGAUUCCGUCCUACUGACGAGGAGCUGAUCCGUUACUAUCUGCGGAAGAAGAUCAACGGCCACGAUGGCGACGUCAAAGCUAUCCGAGAGAUCGAUAUUUGCAAAUGGGAGCCUUGGGAUUUACCUGAUUUUUCUGUGAUCAAAACAAAAGAUUCAGAGUGGCUCUUCUUCUGUCCAUUGGACCGGAAGUAUCCCAAUGGAAGUAGACAGAACCGGGCAACAGUCGCAGGCUACUGGAAGGCGACAGGGAAAGACCGGAAGAUAAAAACCAGUAAGACUAACAUUAUCGGUGUGAAGAGAACUCUGGUUUUCCACGCUGGUCGAGCUCCUAAGGGAACCAGAACUAAUUGGGUUAUUCAUGAGUAUCGUGCCACCGAGAAUGAUCUUAGCGGCACCAAUCCUGGCCAGAGUCCGUUUGUCAUAUGCAAAUUGUUCAAGAAACAAGAACUGAAUUUAGCAGAAGAAGAUUCAAAGUCGGAUGAAGCUGAACCUGCUGUCUCGUCUCCAACUGUUGAAGUAUCUGAGGUCACUAAAACAGAAGACGUGAAACCUUAUGACAUUGCAGAAUCUUCUCUUGUAAUCUCAGGCGAUUCUCAUAGUGACGCUUGUGAUGAGGCUACAACCGCUGAGCUUGUAGAUUUUGACUGGUAUCCGGAAUUGGAGUCCCUGGAUUGCAAGCUGUUCUCCCCAUUUUACUCUCAAGUCCAAUGCGAGCUUGGAUCCACUUUUCAGCCUGGCCCGAGUAAUUUUUUAGGGAACGACACCAACAGCUUCCAAGUUCAGACUCAGUAUGGUACAAAUGAAGAAAAUACACAUAUAUCCGAGUUUCUUGAUUCGAUUCUUCAGAGCCCAGACGAGGAUCCGGAGAAGCACAAGUAUGUUUUGCAGAGUGGUUUUGAUGGUGCAACCCCAGAUCAGAUUGCGCCAGCUUAUCCGCAGGGCACAGCAGUUCGCAUGAGCAAUGAUGUUUCAGUAACGGGGAUCAAGAUUAGGAGUCGACAGGCACAACCCUCAGGUUGCACCAAUGAUUAUAUAGCACAAGGAAAUGGCCCAAGGAGGCUGCGUCUGCAAACUAACCUUAAUGGCAGUAACUCGAAGAAUCCAGACCUUAAAGCUAUCAAGAGAGAGGCUGUGGACACUGUUGACGAAACUAUGAAGAUAGGCUGUGGAAAGCUAAUGAGAUCAAAGAACCAAACCGGUUUUGUGUUUAAAAGGAUUACGUCCCUGAAAUGUUCUUACGGAGGGCUUCUUAGGGCGGCUGUAGUAGCAGUUGUGUUCUUGAUGUCAGUCUGCAGUCUUACCGUUGACUUCAGAGCAUCUGCAGUCCCCUGAGAACUGGAAUUUUCUGUAAAUAUAGUGCUUGAACCUGGAUUUUUGCUUUUUUUUUUGUUUUUUUUGUUGGUUUCAGGCUUUUGUUUUAACCGGUGCCAGUUUAUAGUUUUACAUGUGUAGUUAGGUUUGUAAACAUUAUGAACUUAUGAUGAGAAGAGACCAAGAAAUCUAGUUACUACUUUUGACUUA